AUGCGCAGACACUCAAUCUUGAAGGGCAUUCGGUGUCAAUACUGUUGCUCGCCGCGCCGGUUCCAUUUGGAGCAUAUCAGCAACCACGAACUGCCCGGACAGCAAAUACGACAAUUGAGCUCGAGCUCUAAUAGUGUGAACGGACCGGAUAAUAACAAUGACAAAAAUAAAAAUCAAGCUUCGGGCUCAACAUUCGGACGUGGGUGGGGCGCACCCGCAUUUGGAGGUCAAGUGUCUUGUACAGCUGCGGAGUUGAAACAGCGGGAGGCUUUGCUAGCAUCGCAAGUUGCUCAAAAGCCAUCAGCUCCUGCUGGAGGAAGUGCCACACAGAACGUAAACAGGGCAAGGGAACAGCGAGCUACAUGGGUUUGUGCUCAAUGCCAAAAGGCCAAUCCGGUCAAGCUUGUGUCAUGUCCUGACUGCAACUGGAGGCCUAGCCAGGCCUAUCUUACUUCGUCAAAAUCACGGCCUGCCCAGCUUAAACCGUCUACUUCUAAACCUUCAUCAGAUGGCGUGCAAGUGUCUAGUGACACAAGGAACCAAAAACAAAGCAAAUUUACGAUUACGAAAAGCUGGGCCUCUGAACAAUCCCUAUACAGGUCUGCUAGAGGCAGGCAACAACCGCCGCAUGCUAGCCAGUCAUCGCGAGAUUCAAGAUUCGGCACGCCGAGUGCAUCGUCUAGGGCCAGUGGAAGUACGGAUACGGAGAAGCCAUGGCAGGAGAGUGGUUUUAGGAGUAUCUCUCGGAAACCACCCAGUGCGUUGGACUCUCAAAAACAACACUCAAGCGCCAGCGCGUCAUGGCAGUUAUCGGGCUUUAGAAGUCUACCUCCACAGCCCGAACAAGUCCGCUCAUCUGAUAUAGUGCCAGAAUCCGAGACUCCCGUUAGAUCCAAACCCCCGCGGGAUGAAUUGGACACUGAAAAGUAUACCAACGAACGCAACACUGGUCGGCAGCCCCCACGAGCCGUUCGUGAGAAAGGCCGGGAUUUUACUACGCGUUACGAAGAUGCCGAUGAAGAGGUUUCCUUCAAACCUAGAAAACAGAAAGGUAGGCGUUCGGCGGCAAAUGAUGAUUUGGACGAACCGCAAAUGCGGCCGAAUCGUCGAAAUGCGAACCGCGGACGGGACUUAGAUCGUGAGGUAGAAUAUGAGGUUGGGCGACCCAAGCGAAAAGACAAAAAAGAUAGAAAGAAAGCCGCUCAGCGAGUACAAGAGCAGUCUGGCCCGACUCCAAUAGUUCUUCCAGAUUUUAUUAGCGUUGGGAAUCUCGCAGACGCAAUUAACGUCCGCCGCCCUCAAUUUAUCAAAAGCCUGCAGAGCCUUGGGUUUGAUGAUGUCACAAAUGACCAUGUUCUCGAUUCUGAAACUGCUGGAUUAAUUGUUACCGAGUUUAAUUUUGAACCCGUCGCUGAAACUAACGAUAUCGAUCUGGUUGCCGCUCCGAGACCAGAAGAUACGUCCAAUCUACCUCCAAGGCCACCGGUGGUCACAAUCAUGGGCCACGUUGACCAUGGAAAGACCACUCUUCUGGAUUAUCUUCGAAAGUCUUCCGUUGUUGCGACUGAACAUGGAGGCAUAACCCAGCAUAUUGGUGCAUUCUCUGUUACCAUGCCAUCUGGAAAACAAAUCACCUUCUUGGAUACCCCCGGGCACGCUGCUUUCCUAGAAAUGCGGAAGCGAGGUGCUGAUGUUACCGAUAUUGUCAUCUUGGUUGUUGCAGCUGAUGACAGCGUCAAACCACAAACUAUUGAAGCUAUAAAACAUGCAAAGGGCGCAGAUGUUCCCAUUAUUGUUGCAAUCAACAAGAUCGACAAAGACGACGUAAAUAUUGACCGAGUUAAACAAGACUUAGCACGUCAUAAUGUUAGUGUUGAGGAUUAUGGUGGCGAUGUCCAGGCAAUUGGAGUCAGUGGGAAAACAGGCCAAGGAAUGUUGAAAUUGGAAGAGGCUGUUAUUACACUAUCCGAGAUGUUGGAUCUUCGUGCUGAUAAGGAGUGCAACUUUGAGGGCUGGAUUAUUGAAGCCUCCACUAAACGAGGAGGUCGGGCCGCAACCGUACUAGUACGACAGGGAACGCUUCGUCCAGGUGAUAUUAUUGUCGCCGGGACUUCAUGGGCUAAGAUUCGAACGCUGCAGGCUCUUCCAGGGAUCUCACGUGGGAGGUCGAUGGUUGGAGAGAUCAGCCGGUUGCUGGAUUCGAAGUACUCCAAGCUCCAGAUGAGCAGCGUGCAAAGGACGUUGUUGCUUUCCGAAUUGAAAAAAGAAGACGUACAACGACUGGGCGGCGAUGUGGAAGCCAUCAACCAAACUCGCCGUGAGACGCGCGAGAGGCGACAACUGCAGGCUGCACUAGAAGAGAGUGGUGAAGUGUCAACCGAUUCUGCUGAAAAAAGUGGCCCUCAGCCCAUUCCAUUUAUUGUCAAGGCUGAUGUUUCCGGUUCUGCAGAAGCAAUCGUCAAUGCUCUGUCUGCUGUAGGAAACAAUGAGGUUUUUGCAAGAAUCCUACAUUUCAACGUUGGCAAAAUUGGAGAAUCGGAUAUCCGACAUGCUUCUGCUGCCAAUGCUGAUGUUAUAUCCUUCAACCAGUCUGUUGAUCCCGAGAUCAUGAAGCUUGCUGUUGCUGAAGGAGUUGAUGUCCUAAACCAUAACAUUAUCUAUGAAUUGAUUGAUGAUGUAAAGAUGAGACUGAGCGAGCAUCUUCCCCCAACCGUCACUCAACGCGUGUCAGGAGAGGCAGAGAUCGGCGAGGUCUUUGAAAUCAAACUCAAAGGGAAGAAGACUACCUCUGUUGCCGGAUGUAAAGUCGGUAACGGCGUCAUCCAUCGAUCUCACAACGUCAGGGUUCUAAGAGGGAAGAACGUUAUUUACGAUGGGACUCUUUCAUCUCUAAAGAACGUCAAAAAGGACGUGACGGAGAUGCGAAAAGGCACAGAGUGCGGCAUGGCAUUCGAGGGCUGGACUGACUUCGCCGUUGGCGAUGAAAUCCAAACAUAUGAAGUGGUUCGCGAGAAACGUUAUCUUGAAUAG